CUCCUGGGAUGUCAAGCGUCAAGACGUUCAAUCUUCAUGAAUCUCACGUCCACAACUCACCCCGGUCCCUUGCAGACCCUCGCAUGACACAUCGAGGUCAUAAACAGCCCCAAUGGCUUCGAGCCUGCCUAUACCCGCUCCUCCGCGGACCCCCACGCCCCCUACUCCUAUCGAAGAUGAAGACGCUGCUCUACGACUUCCUCGAACCUUGCACUUGACAACCUCCUUCGACCCGGACUCGUUGUCUCCAAUGAAAGAGUUCUUCCCAGCAAGUGCGCGCUUCGGAACAAUGAACUCGUCGAUAGAUUCACCUGCCCGUGCGACCAGUCCAGCGUUGAGCGAGGGGCCUACUCUCGGAGGAGCACGCAAUCCUUUCAACUUCCAGACACAGACUAUCAAAGAUACUCCUGUGAUUGCUAAGUCCAAUAUUGGCCAACGACGAGGACAUCGCUACAAGCAUAGUAGUGUAUCGACCCAACAUCAAAUCUUCCUCGAACCUCCCCCUCGAGCCCCAUUAGCCCUGCCUGCCUCGUUACCAAUACCAACUUUCCGCGAAGCAUGGACCUCGAUGUCCCGCGAUCAGACGACUCGAAUAUGCUGGUGCCUCUGCCAUUGCCUUAUAUCUGCCUAUGUCCUCUACUCCGCCGCCGGCAGCUUGGCCUUGACCGCCCUCUCACACCUCAUAUUCUUCGACGCCAUAUCAGCCACAAUCUGUGUCGUGGUAGAUGUAUUCCACAAUUUCGAAGUUUGGAAGCGGUCUUCGAUUCGGCAUCCAUUUGGGCUUGAACGGUCUGAAGUACUGGCAGGCUUUGCCAUGUCCGUGUUUCUACUCUUCAUGGGUUUCGACCUUAUUUCGCACAAUUUAAAACACGUUCUUGAGUCCACAGGUUCGCAUGCGCCGCACCACCCACACUCGCACCAACGCGUAUCACCGGGAAGUGUUGAUUCAGCUGCUCUAUUAUCCAUAGUAGCGACGCUCAUUUCGGCGCUCGGUCUCAAAAACCACGCACGAAUAGGAAGAGUAAUGCGCUUCGCCUACCUCUCACAUCUUCCAUCUGUCCUCUCAAACCCCUCACAUUUCCUAACCCUCUCGUGCAGCACCAUCAUGCUCCUCUUGCCCCUCUUGACAAUAACGAUGUUUAUCUGGCUCGACCGGCUUCUCUGUACCAUUAUCGCGCUCUCUAUGUUUCUGCUCGGAAUCCGACUCGCCAUCGCCCAAGGCCUCAUGCUUCUCAUGUCGUAUUCCGGCAAAGGCGUGGGCGAGGUUAUGCGCGAGGUAGCGAGUGAUCCGAUGGUGGUGGCAGUCGAAGAAGCUAGGUUCUGGCAGGUGCAUUAUGGACUUUGCAUGGCGAACUUGAAGCUCCGUGUUCGAGGAGCAAUCGCGGGUCCGAAUGAGGAGAUAGCCGUGGCGAAGCUGAGGGAACGGAUAUGUUUGUUAGUGAGAAAUAGACUUGGGGGUGGUUAUGGGAAGGGGGCCGGGUUAAAAUGGGAGGUUACGGUACAGUUUAGUGGGGAGGGGAAAUGAUGCUUUUGGGACUAACUUCAUUUCUUGUGUACUAUGUAUACUGGGGAAUAGGGACUGUUCGUGCUUCACCUGCAUGUAGAGUAUGGCGGCGUUUAACGGACCCGGAAACUGAAGGGGCAAUAUACCAUAUACUUGUCAUGCGCUCACGCUAUUCUAGACCGGAAGCAUAUGAAUAUGAC